UUUGAAUGCAUAUAUCUUCUCAAUGUAAAAUUUGUCAUUGUUUUACAGCACACUAGCUUAUAGAUAACCUUAUGGCUAACAUCCAUAUUAAAGCCACAAAACUUCAAUUUUGAUUUCAUGGGGUACUUUAAAAAAUUUACACACAUUAUUUAGGCUUUUAUUUUGAAAAUGUGACGGAACUUGCUUACGUUGGCGACCUUCACACACCAGCCUUCCGUUUCCAGCUACAUCAUGUGCAAGUAAACAGAAACCGCUGGAUAUUUUCAGUGCAUGUGUGUCACAUCAGUUCAGUAGUUUUAAGAAUGUGAUUUAAAAAAACAAACAAACAACAACAACAACAAAGAGAGAAAAACUUACGAACAAAAACAAACAGUCUUUCCUGUAGCAGGAGAAAGGAUUUGCAGGUUCACUUGCUGAUUCCAAACAUGGGCAGCUUCACUCUGGUGCAGAUGUGCAUCAGGAAAGUGGCUCAGCAUAUGGAUGUGCUGGAGGGUCAAGCUGGGGAUUUGCCAGCCUCACUUCUGAAAGAAUUGAUGCCUCACCUGAACAUGUACUACCUGGACAGGAUUGAAAAAGCUGCUCAUCUAAAAGGUGUUUCAUGUUCAUCUGCUUGGGCAGCAAAAUGGAGGGAUCUGAAUCGCACUUGGCGCUGGAAGUUAAAGUUUUUGCAGCCGGCGAAGGAAGACUGGAAGCAGAUGUGCUUGGAGAGCUAUUUUCACACGGUGCUGUUCAGAAGGUCGCAAGCACAAAGCUCUGCAUUUGACACGAAAGAUGGCGCGGUUCUCUCAGUGUCAGCCAAGUACGUGCGGGUUCUCUCUCUCUUCACGGUGCAGGAUGUGUGCAGAUUAGCUUCAGAGGAACUGCGGCUCAUCCUGUCCACUCUGGAGAAGGAAGUGAGGACACUCAGGUUGCUUGACGCCAAAGUCUUACUCAGACACAUAAAGUCAGACGUCCUCUUUGUUCUGCAUCGUCUUCUCGACCAUGGCUCGGUUAAAAAGCUAGUUCUGAAGAGGACUCCAGAUUUGUACGUCUUCAGAUGGAUUAUGUCCAGAUGUAAGGGCUCUAGCUGGAUUGAUGAGGGUCCUGCAGCAUCCAAACGUCCUCGGCUGCAUCUGCUCACAGAUGAGACGGUAUACAACAAGUUCUGUCCCUCAUGUAGUGCUAAUGGGACGUGUCCAGAGGGACAGAUCCAUUCAGUGGACCUGGAGGUUUGUUCAUUGACUGCAGUGUCUUGCCUCCUGCCUUCCUGGCUGGAUCUCCACUCACUUCACCUGUCCACUACCCAGCUUGUUUGUGAGAAGGAAGUGGUCGACUUGGUGGAAUCUCUCAGAAAGCUUUUCCUGAACCCACACUGUUCCCUCAAAAACCUGAGCCUUGGUAACUUGUGUGUUCAGGGUCAUUUAGCCAGUUUGCUGAUUUCCUGCCCCACACUGCAGACCCUCUCACUGGAAAUCAGCCUGCGGUGGGACUGCAGCACCACAUCCAGCGUACAGUUCACACCAAACAUGUCACUCUCUCUUGAGAAACUCACCUUGAAGGCAGUUGAGAACCAGACAACUGUAGAGUGUUUACCAGCUGUGCUUCAACAUGCUCCGAAUCUCCGCAGCCUUCACGUCACAGGAAUACGGCACGCUUCGUCACUACUACACACACUGCCAGAGUCCAAUCCAUUCCUGAAGGUACUAAUGUUGGAAGACAUAAACCUGGCAGACUGUCACCAUGAGAUUAUUCAUCUCCUAGAGAACUCCAUUUUGGAAGAGCUCUCCUUGAAAGACUGUAGGCUGCUAGAGAAGUGCACAGAGAAGAAAGACUUCCUGGUUCCAUUUGUAGCAUCUGCCAAGGAACUUUCUUCCCUUCGCUCUCUGUCUCUAUCUCAGAACCGUCUUGCUUCAAGCGUCAUUGAUGUUGCAGAUCUGUUUUUAGGAGAACAUCCUGGCAACAUAACCAAAUUGGACCUCAGCUCAAACUUCAUCCUCCCUGCUGACCUGCUGGAGUUCAGCCGAAGGAUUGACGCGUACCAUCCCCUUCACCGAUUCACACUGGACCUGCGCUUUAACCCACUUAAUCGUGACCCUGAGGUCAAAGGUCAAGCCCUGCGGAUGCUCCUUCCGUUCUGUGAAGUUCUGACUGAUGAAUGGGACUUCAGAUCGACCAUGGUAGAUCACGUUAGUGUGAUGUGAAGAGACAUUUAAUGCUAGAAACACACAGUACUGGGAGUAGAAGAGUGUUAAAAAAACGGCAUCCGUGAAAGAUGGAUUCUGUUGCUUACACCACUGCUGUGCCCCAAACAAACUGAUGCUUUGUACGAUUUGCUUUCUCAUAUCUAAAAAACACAAUGUAAAAAUUCGAUUUAACUUUCCAAAACCAUAUACCAAAAUUUGCUCAACUGAAUUUAGAAUGUUCCAUGUAAAUAUUUUUGUGUGUAUUAUUUUUGGAGUAAAACCAUUGUUUCUACUGUGCAGCAGUAUUAUGCAGUGGUGUUUUUUUUUUUGAGUAUUAUGUUUGAUGUCUUAAGUUUGCUUUAUUUUCUAAUGUACUAAACAAAUAAUUUAUUAUGAUGAACUUAAAACCCCUUCAGUGACAUGCAGACAUGUCAAUGUGGCUUAGGACCCAGUAUCUGUAAAAUCUAUACAAAUGAACAAAAGUCAUGCAGAUGCCAAAAAUCUAACUUGAAGCUAAAAGUGAAAUAAUCAUAAAAGUCAUAGUUUUGAUGUCCAUCCAUUUUCUGUACCACUUAUCCUUACUGGGUCGAGGGGAACCUUGAGCCUAUCCCAUGAGGCACAAGAUGGGGUGUCACGCCAUCGCAGGGCACAAUCACACAUCCAUUCAUCCACUACAGACACCGUGGACAUGCCAAUCAGCCUACCACGCAUGUGUUUGGACUGGGGGAGGAAGCCGGUGUACCUGGAGGAAACCCCCGAAGCACGGGGAGAACAUGCAAGCGCCGCACACACAGGGCAGCGGCGGUAAUCAAACCCUCAACCCUGGACACGUGAGGCGAACGCGUUAACCACUAAGCCACCGUGUCCCCCAUAGUUUGAUGUAUUUACUGAAAAGAUUUGGUUGGGGUUAAAGAAACAAGCAUCAGACACUAAACAUGUAUUUGAGUGACCGAGUGAAAAUUGCAUCCAUUCGGUUUCCUCUGAACGAUUGCUUUCACCAGAUAAGUUUCAAAUCCCAGGACCGCCAGAGAGCCACGGUUGUCUUUUUCGGAGAAAUCAUCUGUAAAAUUAUACAAAUGUUUUAUCUAAAAUUGUAUAUGUAAAUACACAAGAACUCCUCUUGUCUCGAACAAAUCACUAUGAUCUGAGAAUAACUUUUUGUCAGUUUAGAAGCUGAGGGUACAAACAUCACAGCAAAUUGUUUAAUAUUGUCUGUCUAUUGGGUUUAACGUCCAAUUUCAGCAUUUCUUUCACCAUUUCCAGACAAUGGUCAUUUUUGGGUAAAACCUUUUAAAUCUCCACUCACAUCACUCACUCAUGUGAGACCCAUAUAACGGCAAUAAAAACUUUGUGUAUAAGCAACACGUUUAACAAUCCUGAUUGUUUCCACUUGCACUGUUUAUUAUUAUUAUUAUUAUUGUUAUUAUUAUGUAUUAGAAUCCCAGUCACAAGGAUAUGAAUCAAGUAAUA